AUGGACAACCCCCAAAAAAUCACAAUCACAAUUUGCGGCGAUGGCGGCUGCGGGAAAUCCAGCAUCACCCUCCGCCUCGUCCGCUCGCAAUGGACCCACGAGUACGACCCCACGAUCGAGGACUCCUACUCGCUCACGCGGCGCAUCGAUGGGCAAACGUACCAUCUCUCCCUGACCGACACCGCCGGCCAGGAGGAAUACCGCGGCAUGUGGGCGUCCUCUAAUCUACGAUCCGACGCGUUCUUGCUCGUGUAUGAUAUUACGAACGAGGCGAGCUUGGCCGUGUUGGAUGAGUUUAACGAGUUGAUCGAUAUCGAGGCCGAGACGAGGUUCGACACCUGGCCGCAGAAUAAUAACACGAAAAGCGGCAGGAAGGGAGAGGGCCCCGUGAGCCCUAUCAAAAUUGUCGCGGGCAACAAGUGCGAUCUACAAGAGAGUCGACAGGUUCCGGCGCAGGUGGGUUUGGAGUGGGCGCGGAAGCGGGGAUGUGGAUUCAUGGAGACGAGCGCGAGGAAUACGGUCAAUAUCGAGGAGACCUUUGCGCUGAUUGUCAGGAGGGUUGUGGAGGCCAGGAAACAAGCAUUAGGGGGCCCUGCUGCUGCUCCGCCUGGCGAUGCUGAGGGGAGGGGCAGGAAGGGAGGCAUGGGUCUGGCGGGGAGGAAUUUGAAUAUCGAUGGCGCGUUGGGUGCUCAGCGGGGGGCAACAGCGCCCUUAAGUCCGCUACCCAGCGGAGCAGAGAAAUCGUUCCCCCCGGAGGAUGGGAGUAACAGACGACUCAGAUUCAAAGGGUCAUGGAGGAAGAUGCUGUGUUGGUGA